UGAUCUGUAUUUUUCUAACGUAUUUUGGUUUAUCAGCGGUAAGCGUAAGUCUUGUCUCGUACUGAUAAUGUUACAAAGAAAACAAAAAUCGCGGCCAGCUGCUGGAAGCCCUUCCUCACCUCCUCUGUGCCCCACCCCCGCAUCAAUUCAGCGCGCAAAGCCCUCGGCCCCGCCUGGCCCUCCCGGGACCGGAAGUCACGACGCGGUGCCGGAAGUUGAGCGAAGGGAGAGGCGGAUCCUUUCCGACGGGAGGGCGGCCGUUGGGGCCGUGGAGACGGCGGCUCCUCUGCGAACCCGGCUCCAGAUGGAGGCGGCGCCGGAUCCCGGGCCGGGCCUCUGCUGCAAGCCUGGCGGGCGACUGGACAUGAGCCACGGCUUCGUGCACCAUAUCCGACGGAACCAGAUUGCUCGGGACGACUACGACAAGAAGGUGAAGCAGGCAGCCAAGGAGAAGGUGAGGAGGCGGCACACACCCGCGCCGACGCGGCCCCGCAAGCCCGAUCUGCAGGUGUACCUGCCGCGACGCCGAGAUGGUUCUACCCACCCAAGCAACCCAGAAUAUGAGGAGUCCGGUGACAGCAACAGUAGUGGUGGCUCUGAACUGGAGCCUUCUGGCCAUCAGCUCUUCUGCUUAGAAUAUGAGGCAGACAGCGGCGAGGUCACAUCAGUGAUCGUGUAUCAGGACGAUGACCCAGGAAGGGUGAGUGAGGAGGUGUCAGCACACACGCCUCUGGAUCCACCCAUGCGAGAGGCCCUCAAGUUGCGCGUCCAGGAAGAGAUUGCAAAGCGACGGAACCGACACUGAUGGGUUGAAGGCAUUCUCUCCAGCUGAAUCGACUGCAUUCAAAGGAAUGCUGCCCAGGGAGCUCACUCCUAGUCUGAGGGUGCCAGGACCACCUGCCGAUCUUGAGACCCCCUCCCCAGAGCUGCUGCAUCCAUCCACAGGAAGAAGGUGUUGCUGGACUGGCAGCCUCUCUUGCAGCCUCUUUUGUCCUGUAUAUUGACCCGUUUGACCAGUCUGAUAGUCUGGAAUUUCUUGAGAAUUUUGUUCGACUAGCUUGGUGUUCUGGAAGCAGAGACUCCAGGAGGAUCUGGGGUUAUUAAGCCCUGUGCCAUCAUGCUGCUCUCACUGCGGUCACGUGCCAUGGGACACUUGGCCGAUGCUCUUUCACUCAGCUCUACACCUCCGUUUGUGAUUUUAUGGUUCCUUUCUUCUGCCUUUCCGCUCACUUCCAUCCAAUGCCAUGUUUCCCAGAUCUUCUUUUCAGCUCGAUUUGUUUGUUCUUUCUUUUUUCCCAUCUCUUUGCUUCAGGUAGAAUCCAUCAGUUGUCCUUCCACCCCCACCCCCAUGUGACUGCCUUUCUGGAUGCGAGUACUAUGGGAGCCUCAGUGAAGUUGAACAGUGGUCUGUGGCCCUCCAGCUGCGCAGGACUUUGGAGGUGGGGGUCCUGGGGACCUCCCUUUCUAAAAAGCUCUCCAGGUAAUUCUGUUACCAGUAAAGUAGGAGACCCUUCCUUUUGGGGGUCUAUUUGCAAGCAUAUCUCCCUCCCCUUCCAUGGCUUUUGCGAGUUCCUCGCAUGCCCCACUGCUUUGCACCAUCUAACAGGACACUUAAGAAGAAGAUACCAGAAUUAAACUGCUGUGAUUUCUUGUAGCAAAACUGGUCUUGGUUAGGGCUGUGGAAUUCCAGCUUUCCACCUCAUCUCUUGUUGUCUCUCCUCUGCUCAGACUAAAGAAAUUAUCAAAACAAGCUUGAAACUGACUCUCCAAAGGUGACUUAGCAGUCUUGAACAAAUGUACAAAGGGGAUUUCAACACGAGUGAGAAGUCCUGAAUGAUGCCACAAAGGGAGUGAAGUGAGCCCCUCUUGUCUGCUCCUGCCCUGCCUCGUGCUUCCUCAUUUCCUCACUUCCUGACAUCCUUAGAAUAAAGAUCCUCAGGAAUAUUACCGCUUUCACCUAGUGGACAUGUUUCCUAAUGCUGGGUUAAGCCAAGGUCUGAGACGUCCACAAGCCGUCACACACACCAAGGUUCGGAGCCACUUCAGCUUUCCAGCAAGUCAGCCUCACCUCAGUGAUUUGCAGUGUGGGGUUUAAGUGAGCGCUAAGACUUCCUGAAACCAAAGCCCCCUGCCCCGGGGGUUUCUCCACAUCAGGCUCUCAAGCUUAGCCUGGCUAUUGGCUAUUCCAUCUCUCAGCAGCUUUUCUCCCAAAGGACACCUGAGGGCCCUGUUGUUUGUAUUGCUACCCUGAAAGUCCACCACUUCAGAAACAGACAAGGCAGCUACUUAAACUACACCAUUAAAACACACAAGCCACAGCUUGUAGUGUACAGGCAUGCUGGGAAGGUGAGUGAGGUGGCUAAGCUCGAAGGGCCUGGUUGUGAAGGCAGCCGGGGACCAGAGUGGACUAAACACACAGAGCUGGCCCAAGGUUAAAUGCCUUAAAUUUGCCAGCCCUGCGCUCCAUUCUGCUUUCAAAGAAGAAAGUCUUUGCCCUCUUCUUACUGAGGCUGAAAGUGCCUUUUGACUUGUAAUAUUAACUACCCUUCAAAGCCUCAUGGGUCAAGGAGGCUUGCCCAACUCCACCCCCAUUCUUCUUGCAGGUCAGAGUCAGAGGGCCAGUAAUUUUAGUCUUCCAGCUUUUCACCUGAUCUUGUGACUUGGAACAUAAGAUUUCACUGGAACUCUUGGGCUUCCUAGUCUGGAAAUACUUCUUGGGUCUGCCCUGUCAUAGCUGGAUCACCUGUUUCCUGGUUUUAUAAUAGAACUUGGAAACAACCAGAAGAGUUUGGGGGAUGGCACCUGAAAUUUUAGCCUCUGUUCCUGUUUUGUAAGAAGGGAAAAUGCAAAGGGGAGACCGUGUUUGGUGUGUACCUAUUGUGUGUUUUUAUGUGUUACGUAAUCUUCACGAAGACCUCAGGUCGGAGACUGUUGAGAACUCUUUGCUUUUAAACUUUUUUUCUUCAGGCUCUGCUUAUGAGCUACAUGUAAUAUAUUUUCUACUCAAGAAAGCAUUCUCAUUUUUACCAAAUGUAUACAGUGUGACUGUGUAUAUGAUUAAGCCUGGAACUUAAAUGAGAGUUUGUCCUUGAGAGCUGGCCCGCGGGAGGUUUAUGCGCACAUUUCUGUGAUGCUGCCAUUGCUUCAGACGUGUCUGAAAUGCCUCUCUGGGAUGCCUUCGGAGCCACCUGAUGGCCUUAGAGUUCAGCCACAUUGCGUAUCACCACCCCUCAUCUGGGCUCCAUGAGGAGCCGUGGUAAUACAACGGUUAAGUGCUCAGCUGCUAACUGAAAGUGGGGCAGUUUGAACCCACCCAGUGGUUCUGUGGGAGAAAGACAUGGCAGUCUGCUCUGGUAAAGAUCACAGCCUAGAAAACCCUAUGGGGCAGUUCUACUCUGUCACAUGAGGUUGUUAAAAGUCGAAAUCGACUUGACAGCACCUAACAACUAUGGCAUCUGGGGUCCAACAUAACUACCACCCAGAUUAUUCACCAGAUCUGACUUCUGACAUUUCUCAGCUAUUUUCAAAAAUCCUUGCUUUGCCACCAAGAAGCAUGUUCCAGAGCAUUUCCCACAGUCUCUAGAGACAUCCUGUGCUGUGGGGUACAGUAGCAACAGUGUUGGGCUAAGUGGAGCUUUCCAGCAGGCUGCUUCAAAAUCAACACUCGUUUGACCACAUAUGUUCUCUGCUGGGAGCCCGACAGGCAUAGCUCCUGCCCAUCCAAAGUGACGUGUUCUUACUUAUUGAGGGUAAGCUAUCGAUUUUAAGCCUUUGUAUUUCCUGGGCUGUGGGCAAUGAUGUUACUAAUGGAAGCUGGGGUUUGCAGGGGCUUUGGGCUGUGCAAGGGUAAACAUUGAAGCUUGAGAUCUAGCCAAUUGGCGAGCAUGAAAGUUUCUGAAGAAUAUAAUGCAAAAAAGGAAAAGAAGAGUGUAAAGCUUUUUGUACUGAGCAAGAGUAGGAGCCUCUGGAGCCUGGCCAGCCAGUAGGACCAUCAUGGGCAAUAACAUGCUUUUCUCUGUGGAGGAGCUUCUGUGAAAGGGACAUUCCAUCUCCAUGGUCCACUCCUAGGGGCACUGCCAGCUAGAGAUUAGCCUCUGCGGCUGGAGGAAGCCCAUUGAGGUGUGAGUAUCCAACCGGCUGUGUGUUUGGCAGGAUCCGUGCAUGGCAGGGUAGUAGAUCCUCAGCUGGUUCACAAACUUAAAUGAGGCCUUUGCCAUAGAAAGAGGAGUAAAAAUAUUACUUUCCUACCUCUGAGCCAUCUCUUGGUAGAAACAGGGUAGAAUGUUACCAAAUAUUUGAAACAUUUUAAACCCGUUUGUUGAAUUCCUGUCCAUGACGAAUCAGAUGGCCAGGAAGCCAGAGGCACCCACCCCGGCUUUCCCCAAGUGUUGGAGUGAUGCUAGAAGUGAAGACCUUCCCAGUGAAUGAAUGGCUCCUCUGCCUUCUCAGAGCCAACAGUGAGAGACUGGGUGCACUGGUUAUGUUGUGAUGUUAAGUAUAUAAAAAGCCAUACAUUCUUCUGAUUUCUCGUUUUCAAUGUUUCUGCUGUGUGGAUGAAUAAGAUGAAGUGUGCAAAUUUUUUGAAAAUCCUAGAAGAAAGGUAAUUUUCAAAUACAGUAUUUUUUUAACCAAUAAACUUACUAUUUUUACAGCGCUCUUUUUCCAAGAGUUGUGAAAUCACUUGUGUACAUAAGAGAAAUGUAGAUUAAAUGCCUGCCCUAAAGUCAUUCACACCACCAUGGAAUUCAGGACUGGAAACUUCAUCUCUUUGCCUAUUUUAAGAGCCGUCCUGGUUGAAGCAGAACAAUAAGACGCAUGUAGCAUUAGAGUUGGAUGGAACUUUUAAAGACAUUUGGCCCUACUUCACUGAUAAUACAACUCCUCCUCCCAACUCCCCAUCAAGAAUCCUGUGAUAGGGAUCUCUAUCUUGGGGUAGUUCACUCAGAUUGUCACAUGAAGACAAAAUUUGCCUCCUCUUCACAUAUCUGGAGUGUAUCUGUCUCA